CGCAAGUUAAGAUAAAUAAAUCGAAUGUGUGAAAAUGAGUAACCAUAUGACCAAAUAAAGGCAUUAGAUGAGACAACAAAUUUGACUUUGAACAAGAGUAUGACAAUGAUCAUCAUAAAACUCGAGACGAUGAAGCUGUGUCAUUUUUCUUAAGGUAUGGAGCAGUUUGGCCUUCUCCUGCCAUAGCUUUGUGGUCAGUAUAAUAUGUAGACUGAAUGACACUGCACAGUAUCCACGCUCCAACAUUUAUAGAAUGCCAUUGCCCUCUACCACUCAUCUCAAUCCCACAGCAUUAUGUAGAGAUGGCCAGUUGAAGGAAGCGCUGCACAUUCUGCUUACUACACACAACCCUCCUGAAAAUCAUUCUACCUAUGUUCGAUUAUUGCAGACAUGUAUUCUCAAGAAAGCGCUCUCACAAGGGAAAAAAGUCCACUCUUUCAUCUCUCACAGGCGAUUUGCAUUUGCUACAUGCACAACUUUUCAUAAUAAGCUUAUUCAAAUGUAUGUCAAGUGCGGAAGAUUAGAUGAUGCCCGUAAAGUGUUUGACCACAUGAAAGAACGAGACAUCGUCUCAUGGAAUAUGAUAAUUGCAGCGUACAGAAGACAUGGGUAUCCGCACGAGACAGUCACACUCUUUCACCAUAUGCAAGAAACAGGUUUCCAACCCGAUCAGUUUACAUUCGCUAGCGUAUUCCCAGCCUGUGCCAACAUGGGAGAUUUAGAACAGGGUAUGGAUAUUCAUAAAAGCAUAAAGGAUAGAAGGAUUUUGUCAGAUGUUGUAGUUGCAACUGCCCUGGUAGAUAUGUAUGCAAAAUGUCGGAACAUAGACAAAGCACGUGAACUGUUUGACAAAAUGCCUCAAAGAGAUGUGUUUUCGUGGACUGCAAUGAUUGCAGGCUAUGCACAAAAUGGUGGAAGCAUAGACAAGGCACGCGAAUUGUUUGACAGAAUGCCUCAAAGAGAUGUGUUUUCAUGGACUGCAAUGAUUGCAGGCUAUGCACAAAAUGGAUUUGUUGAACAGGCAUUAGAAACUUUCAAGCAAAUGCAAUUGGCAGGUGUAAAGCCAGACUCCACAACAUUUGCUAGCAUCCUCCCUGCCUGUGCCAAGAUGGGAGAUUUGGAACAGGGUAUCGACAUCCAUCAAAGCAUGAAGGGUACGGGAAUGUUGUCAGAUAUUGCAGUUGCAACUGCUUUGGUAGACAUGUAUGCAAAGUGUGGAAAGAUAGACAAAGCACGUGAGCUGUUUGAUAGAAUGCCUCAAAGAAAUGUGGUUUCAUGGACUGCAAUGAUUGGAGGAUAUGCACAAAAUGGAUUUUUCGAAAAAGCUUUAGAGAUUUUCAACCAAAUGAAAUUGGCAGGUGUAAAGCCAAAUUCCACAACCUUUGCUAGCAUCCUUCCUGCCUGUGCGAAAAUGGGAGCUUUAGAACAGGGUAUGGAUAUCCAUCAAAGUAUAAUGGAAGGGGGUUUCUUGUCAGAUAUUGUAGUUGGAAAUGCUCUGGUAGAUAUGUAUGCAAAAUGUGGAAGCAUAUACAGUGCACGUGAAAUUUUUGACACAAUGCCUCAAAGAGAUGUCAUCUCCUGGACUGCAAUGAUUGCAGGAUAUGCUCAAAAUGGAUUAGUUGAAAAUGCUGUAGAUACUUUCAAGCAAAUGCAAUUGGCUGGUGUAAAGCCAAAUUCCACAACCUUUGCAUGUGUUCUAUAUGCAUGCAGUCAUGCAGGUUUAGUGGAUGAGGGCUGUACAUACUUCAAUCACAUGUGUAAACCUUAUUUCAUUACACCUACAAUUGAUCAUUAUGCGUGCAUGGUCGACCUUCUUGCUCGUGCUGGCUAUCUUGAGGACACCCUAAACUUAAUCAUUAAGAUGCCAGUUAAACCUUUGGUGACUGUGUGGAUAUGUUUUCUUAGCGCCUGUAAAUCACAUCUGAAUAUAAGCUUAGGGAUAUUUACAGCGAUGCUUCUUUUUGAUUUGGAUCCUAGAAAUGCUGCAACUUACGUUCUUCUCUCAAAUAUCUAUGCAGAAGCGGGCAGAUGGGGUGAGGUUCAAAUGGUAAGGAGAUUGAUGAAAGAUAGGGGAAUUAAAAAGAGCCCUGGAUGUAGUUGGAUUGAAGCCCAAGAAAAGGUACAUGUUUUUUGUGUAGGAGACAGAUCACAUCCACAGACACUGGAGAUCUAUGCAAAGUUGGAGGAAUUGACUUGGGAGAUGAAGGCAGCAGGGUAUUUUUCAGAUUCAAAGCAUUUAAUUAAUGAAGUGGAAGAGGAGGAAAAAGAGUUAUUUCUCUGUUAUCAUAGUGAAAAGUUGGCAAUUGCAUUUGGUUUAUUAAACACAACACCUGGAACAAUUAUUAGAGUUGUUAAGAACCUUCGAGUAUGUGUUGAUUGUCACAAUGCAACAAAAUUAAUUUCUAAGAUUGUUGCAAGAGAAAUUGUUGUGAGAGAUGCGAAUCGUUUCCAUCAUUUUAAACAGGGAGAAUGUUCUUGUGGAGAUUAUUGGUGAUGAUAAAUGUAGCCAAUUGAACAAUAAGCUUGCAUGAUAGUAAUGUGGCUCAUGUCAGACCAGCAAUAAUAACGAAUGGAUAAGGAAAUUAUAUGUAUAAAAUUAAAAGCUGGAGGGGGAGGAGGAAGGGUGAGAGCAUAAAGGUGAGUAACACUCGAAGUAAAUGGAAAGUUGUUUGACUAUUUACAUGUAUUGCCUUUUGUCUAUGUCGAGUUAAUUAUUUGAAAUUAAUUCACACAUUCUAUAUUCAA